AUGCUUAAUUAUAAACCAGGAGAUGAUUUGCAAGUCACUGGUUCAGACAAUUGCACCUUCAAUGAGUCCCAGAAAGCUCUUGGAGCUAAGGACUUCACCAAAAUUCCAAAUGGUGUGAACGGUGUCGAAGAUAGAAUGUCUGUGAUUUGGGAACGUGGUGUGCACGCUGGUUUGAUGGAUCCACAGAGAUAUGUUGCCGUGACCAGCACUAAUGCAGCUCGUAUUUUCAAUUUAUAUCCACGUAAAGGCUGUAUCGCCGAAGGAUCUGAUGCUGAUAUCCUCAUUCUUAAUCCCACUAAGACGCGUGUUAUUUCAGCCAAGACACAUCAUCAGGCGGUGGAUUAUAAUAUUUUCGAGGGUAUGGAAUGUCACGGUGUUCCAGAAUACGUUAUUGUGAACGGUCGUGUUUGUGUCGACGAAGGCGACCUGAAAGUUGUGGAAGGCCAUGGAACUUUUGUAGAGACACCAUGUCAUGCACCAUUUGUCUAUGAGACACCACAAGGAUCCAUAGCAGCCGUAAAUGAUAUGACACAACAGUUGCAGAUAGAUGUGCCACCGAGCAACGGACACCAUGAACCACUACCACCAGCUGGAGCUCCUGCCUAUGCAAGAUCCCCAUACGCAUUAAGUCCGGCUUUAUCCUUUGCACCGAGUUUAGCCGACAGUACGGUGAGUAGUACCGGCAAAGCUCCCCGUCAGGAAGGACAGCGUAAUUUACAGGAUUCCACUUUCUCUAUCAGCGAAGAGUUGGAUGGUGGUGACAGACGCUCUUGUAUUCGCGUCAAGAACCCGCCUGGUGGAAAGUCUUCCGGUUUCUGGUAAAACCAGAACAGAGUGCAAUUAGUUAUAAUAUAUACUUACAACAUCACACUACAUAUACACUCACAAACACGAAUAGGACAACAUCACACAUAUUACUUAUUUGCAAUUCGAUAGAAAACUCAUAAUUAAGGAAGAAACGAAUUUAAAAUCAAUGUGUUUCGGAAUUUGGCAUUCCAUUACGCGUAACAGAGGUAAAGAAGAAAAUUAUGUUUUGGCAUUUUGAAGAUCCGACUUUUAAUAGAGGUAUUACAGAUGAAUUUUAAAACGAUGUUUAUUAUAAAACUAAGAAACUUCAUUUUAUGAAAAUCAAGUUAAUAAUUUAACAUAGUUUUUUUUUGUUACUGUUGCGCGUAUCAGAAUCACUUCGUUAAUUGCAUUUUAUGUAUCACUGAGACACAAACAAAGGGUCGGUGUGAUGUCGCGGCGGGAAUAAAAUUCUCAGGUACACAUUGUAAAAAGUAGAUGCCAAAAAUUGAGUUCAAAUCUUUACAACCUAUAAAGCUUUAUGAUUUUAUCCAAAGAUGAUAUAUUGUUGUAACAGUUUACAAAACUAGUCAUGAAGUUGUUUGUUAUUUUCAGAGUUUUGGGUAUAUUGUUUUUAUAUUUGCUGAUUUAGAAUCAGUUUUAGCUUUCUGUGCACACGCAGAUAACAUUAUUUUGACAGUAUUCUUGAUUGAUAUAUAUUAAUCUUGAGAUAUUUUUGAAAAAUAUUGAUUUGUGUUGGAAAGAUAUUACGAUAUAGUAUUUAAUUUAUUUAUUAUUUUCAAAAAUAUUUGUCAUCGACCCUACUGCGCGCCCUUGUUAUUUUGUUUUGAUAUAUAAGAUUUAUUGUUGCUUAGUACAGUUCAUAUAUUUAUUUAUUAGAUUAUAUCAUACU